GUGAUCCAACUAUCAAAUUUAUUCCAAAGAAUACCAAUUAUUAAACGGUGAUCUCCACAAAUGCCGCUUCCAGCUGCUUUGGUAGCUCGUCUUGCCAAGCGAGGUCUUAUUUCUGGAAGUGAAAAACAUGAAUCUGUAAAAAAGGAUCAGAAGAAGAAGGUUCACGAGGAAAUCAUUGCCGAGGACUAUGAUAACGCAAAGGAUGAUGUUAAUCAAAUAGAUAUAUCUCAAAAGUUUAUGGGCUAUAGCAGCUGCCCAAACAAGUACAAUAUCUAUCACGAAUGCAACAGUAAAUGCAAAGAAUUAUGGGGAGCAGGACGACUUCAGCCUUCAGAAAAGUACAUCAAACAACAAAUGAGACUUUUGCUAAAGUAUCCAUUACCUGAUACUUGGAAAGCUGUAUUCGAUCCAGGAUCUGGACAACACUAUUACUGGGAUUGGUCAUCAGAUUUGGUGGCAUGGUAUCCACCAGGACAUCCUAAGUGCCAGAUAUCACAACCAGCCUCCCAAUUACGUGAGGAAUUGCACUUAAAAGCAGCUGAUCAAGAUGAUAACAUGUCCAGUGACGAAAGCACUAGUGACCAAGAGCCCAUGGAGAUAGAUGAGAUAGAAGCGAAACGGGAACAAAAACUUGAAAUUAUAGACAGAUACAUGGGUUUGGACAACCGACGUGUUCAAAGACAUGAAGGUGUUAAAGAGAAGAAAGAUCGAUCUUUGGAUCCCAUGGAUCCAGCAUCUUACAGCGAUAUCCCAAGAGGAAAAUGGUCCGAUGGAUUAGCCAGACACAAUGAAGCUAAAACAGGAGCAGAUACAACGGCAUCAGGACCACUUUAUCAGAUGCGGCCAUAUCCGAGUCCAGGCGCAGUGCUUCGUUCCAAUAAAGUCACCAAACUAGAAUCAGAAAGCUUGAAUAAACAAAAAGUUUUUUUUCCCGAAAAAUCGGAGUGAAAAGAAUAUUUUGACAUCUAUUGUACCUCUAAAUUGUAAUUUUACUGCAAAACGUGAAUAACGAUAAUUAAUUGU